AUGGAAAUUUAUUAUUUAAAAAAAAAAAAAAAAAUAAGUUAUAAGGGAUUAUUUAUAACAACAUUUUUAACCCAUGGGGGGGCAAACAUUAUUUCUAAAUUUGUUGUUUCACCUUUUGAGAGAAUUGUAAUUAUUAGACAAAUACAACCUGUUUUUUUUAAAAAUAUAUUGAUUCAGCCAAAUUUUACAUAUUCAAAUAUAAUAAAAAGUAUAUAUAAAAAUCAAGGCCUUACAUCAUUUUGGUGGGGAUAUAAUGCUAGUAUUUUUAAUUUUCUAUCAUUCACCUUUUUAAGACUACUAUUCCAUGAUCAAAUAAAAUAUAAUUUAUCUGAACAGAUUAAAGAUAAAGAAUAUUUAAAAAAAAAUUAUUUUUUAACAACUUUUUUUUUAUUAUAUACAUCCAGUUCCUUAUCUUCAGCUAUUUCAUACCCCCUAGAUACAAUUCACAAUUGUAUGGCAUUAAAUCAUGAAAAUCUUAAGAACAAAAAAUUGUAUAAAAGAGGGAUUUGCUUAUUCAUUUAUGAUCAACUAUUAAAGAAAAGAAUAAAAAAUUUAUAUGCGGGAUACAGUUUAUGCUUAUUAAAUUUUAUUCCCUAUUUGGCAAUCACAAUUAAACUAAAUGAAUUAUUUACAAAAUAUUUUACCGAAAUAAAUUUUGACAAAAAAAAUUACAGCUUUCAAAAUAAUAAUAAUCUGAAUGAAGAAUAUAAAGAACUAUUUAAAAAAACACCAAAUUUUUUUUCUCAUAUAAUUUUAGGAGUCUUAACAGGUUAUAUUGCACAAUUUGCUACAUACCCCCUUGAAACUUUGAGGAGAAAAUAUCAAUACCGUACUAUGUAUGAACAAAAUUUUAAUAAAUUUAUAAAUCAUAACAAUAAAUUAAAUAAUAUAAAACCCAAAACUUUUGUAAAUAAAAUGACAAAUAUGUAUAAAGGAUUUACAAUGCAUUCCUUUAAACUUAUUCCUGAAUAUUUAAUUUUCAGUUGCUUUUUUUAUUACGUUAAAAAUAAUAUACCUAUAUAA